GUGAGUGUGAUUCAACCGAAGGUCUAUAUGAGUAACACUGAAACUUUUCUCUCUUUUCUCAUCACAAAGCUUUGGCAGUUACGACUGUACUUUUAUACACUGCUUCGAAGUCCUAAACACCUCAUCCUUUUGUACCUUGUUUUUCUGUCCAUGUCUAGAACCAUUGCCGACUUUCCUCCAAACCCUGAAGAUGGAGAGCUCUGGAUACCUUCUGAUGUUUUACAUGAAAUUGUUUCUACUGACAUUGAUGAUGCUACUUAUGAUCAUGUUGGACCUGCUGCAAUUCAGCCCAACUUGGAGCAACCUCAUGACAGUUUCCUUGGUACUAAGCCAGAUGGCAAUGGUGCAAUUGGUAGUGGAGUACCAGCUUCUGACGGUUACGCGUCUUGGGACGGUGCCUAUCCUCGAGUUUCUGGCCAUAUUCACCAAUAUGAUUCAUUCAAUCCAACUCAAAUCCAGGGUUUUGGGAAAAAUGGAGCUCCGGUUUUUCCUGGGAAACAAAACAACUCGUGGUCAGUGAAUGCUAGAGAGGAAGUGAAUGGCUUUGUUGCAAAAUCUGAAGGAACUGGUUUCUUUCUUCCCCGUUUCACUAACUCUUCUAAGGGACCUAAAGAUACAACAGGAGGCGGGAAGAAGGGGCAAGCAGCAAAUCAAAAGAAACGCGACAACGGAAAGGAAGCUAUGGAAAACCAGGAGGAUUCUCAUCAGCUUUCUGAUGAGCUAGGUUUGCCAAAGGAUUGGACAUACUAA